AUGGGAGUGUCUGGAACCACUACUCCAAGCUGUGGGGAUGGGACAUCUUUUCUCAACGAUACUCUGAAAAAUUGCAUGGACUUUGGCAAUGGUACCCUAAUGAUACGACAGAGCCCUCUACUGGAGACCGACACGUCUCUAGCAAUAGGCUACAUCGUCGUCAUGGCGACUGCUCUGCUGGUCGGAACUGUUGGAAAUACCCUGAUACUCUUAGUUUCCACUGUCCUAAGAGGAAUCAACAAAUCCGGAAAAGAAUUCAUCAUCAAUCUCGCACUCGCUGAUUUCUGUGUCACUGCAGUGGCAGAUCCGCUUUGUAUUAUCGGGGUUGCAAAAGGAGAGCAGUUUUUUGACGAUAAGGAGUGGCUUUGUGAGUUUGUAGCCAGCCUGUGCUUGACAGCUUGUUUCUGCGCGUUUCUUAGCCUGACCUUAUUGACGAUGUCGCGUUAUAUCUACCUAUACCACAACCAGGUUUACGACAAAGUCUUCAAUCGAUUUACCUGCAUUUUGUUUUGCAUUACCUGUUGGGUCGUCGCCUUCUUGUUCGAGUUUCCCAAUUUUAUCGGAUGGGGAGGACAUUACUUUGACAAGAAGAACCACCAGUGUAUCUGGGAUCGGACGGCUAGCUUGUCCUAUACGAUGUUUGUCUCCGUCGGUUUGAUUGGCGGACCCCUCAUCGUUAUGACUAUUUGUUACAUUUUGAUUUUUCAACAAAUCUGGGAAACCAAGCGCGAUAUCUACAAAUUUGAUACCGAAAACCCCCUAAGAAUGAGGAAAGCGUGGAGCGAAACUGUUCGUUCAUCGAAGACCUUAUUCUGCAUUUUUGUCGUCUUCGUUAUAUGUUGGACGCCGUACGCUAUAACCAUUGCCCUUGAUGUUCAGGACAGGCUUUCUACUGAGGUUCAUUUGUUUGUUACUCUUCUAGCACAUCUGCAUUCUAGCGUCAACUGCAUCAUCUACACAGUUGGAAACAAGAGGUUUCGAAUGGGAAUUCUUCGACUGUGUGGUAGCAGAUCUUCUUCAAUGAAAUCUGGGUCAUCAAACCACGAUAUCAUCACAAAAAGAACCAGCAACUCAUCGAACACGCCCUCUGUGAACAGCGACACCUACACUCCACAGAAACAAAAACUUCCUCUCGAGGCAUCCUCACUGAGUACCAUAACCGGUUAUCUAUCGUCACAGGGAAGCUCCUAAACUGAAAUUUCGUUAAAAUUGUCCAUGUACUGUUUUAACCCCCUGUUUUAACCGUCCAGUAUAUUUUUGUUAUUGUUAUAUAUACAUGUAUAAUUGUACCCGUGAA